AUGGAGAAAAAAGCUUCGUUGGUGAAAAUUCAGCCUCCGACGUAUGGAAAACUUGUCACAAUCCUUAGCAUUGAUGGUAGAGGAGUCCGAGGAAUCAUUCUGGGGGUCAUUCUCGGUUACGUCGAAGCCCAACUUCAGCUGGAUGGUGAAGGUGCGAGGCUUGCAGAUUAUUUCGAUAUAAUAGCAGGAACAAGCACAGGAGGUCUCAUCACAGCCAUGUUGGCUGCACCUGAUUGUCAUAACCGUCCUCUCUUCACCGCGAAAGACAUAGUCCCAUUUUACUUGGAGAAUUGUCCUAAAAUCUUCCCCCAAGGAUGGGCGAGUCUGGGUUCGGUCUUGAACACGAUCAAAAAUCUGGGGGGGCCCAAGUACAAUGGAGUUUAUCUUCACAAAUUAAUAAGGAGGUUGCUUGGAAGCACGAGAUUGCACGAGACCCUUACCAGCUUGGUUAUCCCGACUUUCGAUAUCAAAAAGCUUCAACCAGUUUUAUUUUCUUCAUACGAGGUGUCGAAAAACUCAUCCUUGGACGCUCAAGUAUCUGACAUAUGCAUCAGCACAUCCGUUGCUCCGACGUACCUCGCCGCCCAUUACUUCGAGAUAGUAGAUGAAGCUGGACGAGCCCACGAAUUUAAUCUGAUCGUUGGUGGUAUGGUUGCCAACAAUCCGACAUUGAUCACCAUCAGCGAAGUGAGCAAGCAGAUCUUGAACGAAGACCCAGAUUUCUUCGACAUCAAACCGCCCAUGAACUACACUCGACUGCUGGUGAUUUCACUGGGGACAGGCUCGAACAUGUCGGAGCUCAAGUUCGCUGCCAAGAAGGCUUCAAAGUGGGGGUUGCUCUCCUGGCUGGUUAAGGAUGGCUCGAGCCCUUUGAUCGACGUCUACUCUCAAGGGAGUGCCGACAUUGUUGAUUACCACAACUGCGUGGUCUUCAGGGCCUACAAUUCCGAGGAAAAUUACCUCCGCAUCAACGAUGACACCCUGAAGGGGAGUUUAUCUUCCGUGGACACAUCCACGAAGGAGAACUUGGAAGCCCUGGUGAAAGUUGGUAAGCGCUUGUUGAAGAAGCCGGUCUCGAGAGCUAAUGUCGGGACCGGCCAACACGAACCCAUCGAAAAUGCCGGCACCAACAAGGAAGCCCUCAAGAGGUUUGCAAAGCUACUCUCCGACGAGAAGAAGCUCCGCAAGUCGAGAUGUCCGCAUCACCUGAAUGGGGCAUAGUUCGCUCCAUCAUACCCUCGCAAUAUUAACAUGUGAAUUGAUGAUCAAAAUCAUAUGUUGUUGAAAUGGAAUAAGAAUAGAGCUAUGUGUUUGCAAAUAAAAGGGCUACAAUCUACAUUGUCUUUGUGUGGCUAGCUAGGGUUCAAACUCCUAAUGAUGUGCCUAAUAAGGAUGAAUUGAAGUAUU